AUAAUUAUGCUCCACUUUCUAGUGAAUACAUCUGGAAUAUGGUUGUAAAAAUUGUGCUUUUUGUUUUAUUUUCAUUGUCGUCAUUGUUUUUUAUAUCAGCAGCAAAUAAUGACUCUGAUGACUUGAUAGUUCAACUGGCCAAGGGAAAGAUUCGUGGUCAUGUCCUGGAAAGUUGGAACGGGAAGAACUACUAUGCCUUCCAGGAAAUUCCUUACGCUGCUCCACCUAUCGGAGCAGCUAGAUUUCAGUUACCAAGAGAAGUAGAACCAUGGGAAGGAAUUCUGAACACCACCAGCAAUUCGAGAGUUUGUUAUCAACUGGAAUACAAAUAUGACAGUCUUCAUUACACUGAAGACUGUUUGUUAAUGAAUGUUUACAGUCCAUCGAAACCUGGAAGCAAAACUAAACUUCCAGUAUUGGUUUGGAUCCAUGGAGGAGGAUUGGUUGGCCAGUCAGGCGCUUUUCAGUAUUAUGGACCAAAAUAUAUUAUGGAUUAUGAAGUUGUAGUGGUAACAUUCAAUUAUAGACUAGCAGCAUUUGGAUUUGUGACAACAGAAGACGACGUGAUACCUGCAAAUAUUGGUCUGAAAGAUCAGAGGUUCGCUCUCCAAUGGGUCAAAGAAAACAUAAUUUUAUUUGGUGGUGAUCCUGAUCAUAUAACAAUCGCAGGUGAAAGUGCAGGAGCACUUUGCGUUGGUUUCCAUCAAUUGGGACAAUGGAAUGGGGAAACAGAGUCAUUUCACGCUGCCAUAAUCGAAAGUGGUGCAGCCUUAGGUGAUCUGAGUCAACCUGAUGCCAGGGCGAAUGCGUUUGAUCUUGGACGUCAGCUAGACAAAAAGUUCAAUUCGAGUGAAUCUGAAGAUCUCCUCACUGUUCUGCAGAAUGCUGCACCGGAAGACAUUCUGAAAAUCAACAAGAAAUAUGGAACGGUAAUAGAAAAAGAUGGUCCAUUCUCUUAUGCUGGACUUCAAUCAUUCAUGGACGGAAACAUCAAGAAAAUACCAACAUUGAUAGGUUUCAAUUCCGAGGAAUAUAUACAUGUCGGGGGAAGUAAAAAUAUUGAAACACGGAGACAAUAUGACAAGGAUCCGAGUUUAUUAAUUCCAACAACGUUUCACAUGUCUCCGCAAAACAGAAGCAUCGCUGGAGCUUUGUUGAUGAAGGUUUACACGAACACUUCGUUCGAAGAAGAUCUUGGAGCAUUUGUUAGGUGGACCAGUGACAGGACGAUAAUAAUUCCUAUCUGUAAGCAAGUUGAAUUAGGAAGCACCCAAUCUCCUCAUUACCUCUACCAAUUUUCUUAUAAGGGAGACUUAGGAGGAAAGAAUAAUCCACCAGUGAUCGUUCCAGGUUGUGGUACAGUUGGCCACGAAGAAGAAUUGCGCUACGUUUGGGAUAACGGUUCUAAUUCUGAUCUCAAUGAUUUCCCAGUUGAGGAUCAGCUCAUGCAUCUCAGAUUCAUCAAACUAUGGACAAACUUCAUAAAGUAUUAUAAUCCUACACCAGAAGAUGAUGCCUUGUUGAAUAAUAUAUCUUGGCCAAAGUCUAAUGCCGGUCUAUUAUACCUGAAUAUCAAUGCAACGAUGGAAGUUCUGGAAAAUCCGAGACACUUCAAACAACAAAAAGUGAUUUUCGACGAUUUCAUACAAGAACCCUAUAUAUCGUAUUGAAUUGAAUGAAUAGAUAAAUAAAUGUAUCAACUCCAUUGUUUCACUUCCUCUUUAUGUUUAUAAUUGAAAAUUGAACUAACUUCAAAU